AUGGAGUUUAUUCUAUCAACUAUGUGUACUCCUGGUCCGAUGCAGCAGGUUACUUUGUCCUGGCUUAAUAUCAAGUAUCUGGAAAUGUUGCGCCUGUUAUUGGCUGUAAUGGGUCCUAGUGGUGCUGGCAAAACGACCCUGCUCAAUGCACUCACCGGUAGAAAUAUGGGCAAAAUGUCGGUCACCGGAGAAGUGCUAAUAAACGGCCGACCGGUAAACGGGCGGACUCUGGCCUCCAUCUCGUCGUAUAUCCAACAAAACGAUUUGUUUCAUCCAUUGCUUACCGUUAGAGAGCAUCUCAUGUUUCAGGUUAUUUUGCGUUUGGAUAAUAGUAUGACAAAGACAGAAAAAAUAGAUUUGCUUCAGAAUGUUGUUAACAAGUUAAACUUGGUCAAUUGUGCUGAUAGUAGAAUUGGC